AUGGCUCACUGGACUCUAACGACUUCCUGUCAGAUUACACCUAGCAAGGAACUAGAAUGGGUCCCUUGUUUUAGGGACAAUUUUGAGUGCGCCAGGCUUGAGCUCCCCAUGGAUUACGACAAUCCCGAGUCCAGCCAGACAGUGGUCAUCGCCCUGACGCGACUCCUCGCCACCGAUCGAGACGAUUACCGCGGAUCCAUUUUGGUCAACCCAGGUGGACCAGGUGUCAGUGGUACCAACUCAGUGUGGACAUUGUCGCCGUUGUUGGGCACCCGCGUCGGAAGGAACUACGAUGUUGUGGGAUGGGAUAUUCGUGGAAGUUGGAGAUCAACACCGACAACCAACUGCUGGUCAAAUAUCCAGCGUCGCGCUGUCUGGCGAGAAAGAUUCAGGGAACAUUGGCAAUGGCCUGGCAUGUACGACGACCCCGCCUUCAUCGGUCUCCUUCUCGCUCAGAUGAAACUGGAGAAGAGUACCUGCAAGGACCUUCUAGGGCCGACGGGGAUCCUGGAACACGUCAACACCGCCUAUCAUGCCAGGGACAUGAACAGCAUCAGGGAAGCCCUUGGCGAGGACAAGCUGAACUACUGGGGCGUCAGCUGGGGCACCGCCUUAGGAGGCUAUUUUGCUUCCAUGUUCCCCAGUAGGGUCGGACGCAUGGUCCUUGACGGCAACAUUGACAUCAGAAAACGGGCACACGGCGACAUUUCAGCCGACCACGGAGACUUUAGAAUGACCCUCGAGUACUUUUUCGAGACAUGCUCCGAGGACGCUCGGUGUGCCUUCCACAAGCCCACGGCGGCGGCCGUCCGCGAGCGCUACGAGACCCUGAUGGAUGAUAUUCGCAUGCGUCCCCGUGUUUUUAAUCCCUGGAACCUCCCGGGCCGAACACCCGUUUUGACUACGUACGCCCUGGCUAAUAUCAUAGUCACUGACGCCCUAAGGGCCCCUUUGGAGACGUUUCCGCAGUUGGCAGGAUGGCUCACCCGCUGGGAGGCCAACAACGACACGACGUCGGAGCAUCUCGCAUUGGGGAACAGUGACGCCUACCCCGAAUUCAGCAACACUGUCCCUUGGGACGCCAACAACCCCGACUAUGCAAACGACAACGACGCGCUGACCACUAGGCUGGAGUCUGAAGAGAUAAGCAACUGCGCCGACUGGCCGGAACAGCCGACUGACCCGAUCGAGCUGCAGACGCUCCUGAACGAGUCUCCGUCGCCUCGUCCUGCGGCAAUGUUGGAGGUUGGACGAAAAAUCUGGUGUGCAGGCUCAGCCAGGCCCAAAUGGCGAUACACUGGUACGGAAUGCCUUGCUCAUCACGGGCGCUGA